CCGCGAUCCAAUCAUCAGUUCAUCCAAACGGAAGUCUUGACCGCAUCUUUCAACAGUAUAUAAAGGGUUGUGAAUUCAUUAAAAAAAAUCUCACAAUCGACUCUCACUGUAUUUUCAUAUUAUCUUUAUUUAACCUCUUUUCUAUUAUUAUCUACCCGCGUUUAUCACACACCCGGCUUUCCUUGACUAAACACACUUCACUCUUCAUAUCAUAUCUCCGUAAUUAUGGGUGGUUCUGGAAGCGGACGAAGACAGCUUAAUGGCACUCCUGUCCAAAGUCGAAACAGAAACAGAGAUUUCGCUCUGACCGAGUUGUCUCUGCAGAACGAUGCUGAACCUGCUGCAGCGACUGUCGAAAACGAUGGAGGUAUGGCUUACAAAGAGGCCAGAGAUCGCGCUGCCCUCGAGACGUUUAGGCUGGCUCGUGAAAGCCGCCCUGCAAACACCAUUAAUCAGUACUCGAACCGUCAAAAAGAGUUCAAAGGAUGGUGUACCAAGAUGGGUGUGAGUCCCAUCCCUGACGAUGGAAAACUACACCUUUUUUUGAAAGAAGAGGUUGCUUUCCGAGCUCACCGAAAGCGAGGAAAGAAAAGAGCUGCACCGGAGGACGUUCAUGAGCCUGAAGUGGGACCUUCACCUGUACUUGCUGCCGCGAAUAGCUUGUCUGACGGCAUUACGGAGCUCAACACACUGCCCAAUGUCGAUACAGCUUACGAAGUG